CGAUCCAUACGUCUACUAAAAAGUUAUCAAACUUUCUGUCACUUUCUCUCUCUUUCUUUCCGACUUUCCCUCAUUUUCUCUCUUCCCAAACAGCUCCUCUUUCUCUCUCUGACACACCUCUCUGCAACUCUCUGGGUGCACAGGCUUUUGCUUGUCUUCUUCUCUCGCUUUGUCCCUUUCCUCACAAAAGCUUUCCCACUUUCGAUUCUUCUUCCUCACUCAAUCAUGCUUCAGAGCUUAGUCACUCAAUCCCCGAUAACCAAUCCCAAUCCCAAUCCAAACCCUAACCCUAACCCGGACGCUGCCACUAGCUCUUCCUCAUCGAUGAAGACCAAGCGCGUGGACCGCGACUCCCCCGGCGACGACCCGUCCAGCAAGAGGCCGAACUCCGCCCGCGACUUCUCCGGAGAGGCGACCGUUUCCGGAGAAAAGGCGAUUGAGGAUCAGGACGAUGAUGUCGUCGUCGUCGAAGGCGAGUCCACCGGGCUGAGACUCCUAGGGCUUCUUCUACAGUGCGCCGAGUGCGUCGCCAUGGACAAUCUCGACGACGCAACCGACCUCCUCCCGGAGAUCGCGGAGCUGUCGUCGCCUUUCGGGACUUCGCCGGAGCGAGUGGGGGCGUACUUUGCCCACGCGCUUCAGGCACGCGUGAUCAGCUCCUGCCUCGGCACCUACUCUCCUCUCACCGCCAAAGCCCUAGCCCUAGCCCAGUCCCACCGGAUCUUCAACGCUCUCCAGUCCUACAACUCCAUAAGUCCGCUCGUGAAAUUCUCUCACUUCACCGCCAACCAGGCCAUCUUCCAGGCCUUGGAUGGCGUCGAUCGCGUCCACGUCAUCGAUCUCGACAUAAUGCAAGGCCUCCAAUGGCCAGGAUUGUUCCACAUCCUCGCCUCGCGGUCGAGGAAGAUCCGGUCCAUGAGGAUAACCGGGUUCGGAUCCUCCACCGAGCUGCUCGAGUCGACCGGCAGGCGACUCGCCGAUUUCGCGAGUUCACUCGGUCUCCCUUUCGAGUUCCACCCUCUGGAGGGCAAAAUCGGAAGCAUAACCGAUCCGAGUCAACUCGGCGUCAGGCAGAGCGAGGCCACGGUGGUCCACUGGAUGCACCACUGCCUGUACGACGUGACCGGGAGCGAUUUAGGAACGUUGAGAUUGUUGACUUUGCUGAGGCCUAAGCUGAUCACGAUCGUCGAACAGGACCUCAGCCAUGGCGGGAGCUUCCUCGGCAGGUUCGUCGAGGCCCUGCAUUAUUACAGCGCGUUGUUCGACGCGCUCGGGGAUGUAUCCGGUGCGGACAGCCUAGAGAGGCAUAUGGUGGAGCAGCAGCUGUUUGGUUGCGAGAUUAGGAACAUCGUGGCGGUGGGUGGACCCAAGAGGACCGGAGAGGUUAAGGUGGAUAGAUGGGGGGAUGAGCUUAAACGGGUCGGGUUUCGGCCCGUUUCUCUCGGGGGAAACCCGGCGGCCCAGGCCAGCUUGUUGCUGGGAAUGUACCCUUGGAAAGGCUACACUUUGGUGGAGGAGAAUGGGUGCCUGAAGUUGGGUUGGAAAGACCUUUCCUUGUUGACCGCAUCGGCAUGGCAGCCGUCAGAUUGAAUUACCAUUUUUUGAUGGAUUAGAUUAUUUGGACUUUUGAACCAUCACGACCUGCCACGUGUAUAUCGUGAAAAAGAUAUUUGGUCAUUGGUUAUGAUGCCAAGGAAUUUGGGAAUUCUCAAUGCAUAAUAAUUGGAUAAGGAAAGGAAGUUAUCAUUGUUUAUUUUGGUAUUGACCCUUUUCUACAAUUUACUCCUCCGAGGAGGGGAUUUUGAAGGUUAAAAAUAUUUGUUGUUCACUUUCACUUUGUUGUAAUUCUUUCAAUGAGAAAAGAGGGAUUAUAUUUCUGAAAAACAACAAAAAAGAGAAAGGAAUAGGAGAAGGAGAAAGAUCUUCUUGUUUUUGGAGGUAGCUCAUGGAUGGAUCUAUAGGUGUUGAAUUCAAGUGAGAAUCCUUGAUUAUUAUUAUUUUUUUAUAGUGGGCUUGCUAAUUUUUUUG